AUGCUUCAUAUUCCACAAGCAAAUAUUAAAGAUGAAAAUAAACAACCAAGUGUGCAGCAAGAAAUUAAGAUUGAUGACAACCUAGUUCCUGCUCGAUUUUUGCCUCCUUUGCCUUACCACAAAAUUCUUCGCAAAGCAGCUCCCGGCAGUCAUCUAGAUUCUAAGCCUGUAGAUGGCUUAGGAAUUGGUCUUCCCCUUGAUACAGGGGAAACUGUUGGACAGAACAUACCAUCUCAGGCAGAAGCAGCUCGGGUAAAGUACGGGAAAAAUGUCCCAGUGGCAGCGGCUGCAGCUGCUGCAGCUGCUGUUGUUGCAUCUUCUAUGGUAGUUGCAGCGACAAAAUCAAACACUGACUCUAAUCUUGAGAUUCCUGUAGCAGCAGCUGCUACUGCUACUGCUGCAGCUGUUGUAGCAACCACUGCUGCUGUCAGUAAGUAUGAGCAGGACAGUCGAAGUGAUGGGGAUACAGAGGGUGGUGGUUCUGAGUCAAAGGGUAGUGGUGAUGGAGAGCCUAAUCCUUUAGGAGAAAACUCGGAAGGUGAGAGAAAAUCUGACAGAUCAGUAAGUAAUGACAGCAACAAAUCUGAUUCUGCACUGGAUGAGGUUGCCGAGUAUGACAUUCCAUGGGAGGAAAUCAAAAUGGGAGAGCGUAUUGGACUAGGAUCAUAUGGGGAAGUUUACCGUGGUGAAUGGCAUGGAACUGAAGUUGCCGUAAAAAAGUUCUUAUAUCAAGAUAUCUCUGGUGAAUUACUUGAAGAGUUCAAAAGUGAGGUCCAAAUAAUGAAAAGACUGAGGCAUCCAAAUGUUGUUCUCUUCAUGGGAGCAGUAACUCGGCCUCCAAAUCUUUCAAUUGUUUCUGAAUUUCUUCCUAGAGGGAGUUUGUAUAGAUUAAUUCACCGACCUAACAAUCAAUUAGAUGAGCGAAGGCGGUUGCGGAUGGCCCUUGAUGCUGCCCGAGGAAUGAACUAUCUGCACAGCAGUACUCCAGUGAUAGUGCAUCGUGAUUUGAAGUCCCCAAAUCUUCUUGUUGAUAAAAACUGGGUUGUAAAGGUAUGUGAUUUUGGCUUAUCACGAAUGAAGCAUAGCACCUUCCUUUCUUCCAGAUCAACUGCGGGAACAGCUGAAUGGAUGGCUCCAGAAGUGUUGAGAAAUGAACUUUCAGAUGAAAAGUGCGACGUUUUCAGCUAUGGCGUCAUAUUGUGGGAGCUCUCUACGUUGCAGCAACCCUGGGGAGGAAUGAAUCCAAUGCAAGUUGUUGGUGCUGUGGGUUUCCAACAUCGCCGUCUAGACAUUCCAGAUGAUGUAGACCCUGUCAUUGCAGAUAUUAUCAGACAAUGCUGGCAGACAGAUCCAAAGCUGAGGCCAACAUUUGCUGAAAUCAUGGCUGCUCUGAAGCCAUUGCAGAGGCCAAUUACUGCUUCUCAAGUGCCUAGAUCAAGUGCUCAGUCAUCACGAGUUACUGAAUUUCCCGCAGGAUAGAAGAAAAUUAUACCACUAACAUUUUGUUUUUCAUUUUACUGCUAUAAAUGUGAGGGCAAAUUGUAGAGUAUUUACCGUUUGGGAUUGACAAAAGUGAUUGGUUCAGCUAACUUACAUUCUCAUUCAAGGUUUUCACUCCUCUAGUUCCUUCUCCUUCUUUGUUUUCCUCCAUUUCCUUUUCUUUUCUGUGUUAUCCACAGUGCUGUUAGUGUCAGGUUGUACCAUUUGUUUGUACAAAAUUCUUUGAAACAUGUUGUAAUCAGUGUCUAAAUUUUGUUGUUCAUAAAUAGUAACGGAAAAUUGCAACUGUAAUUUGGAUAGAAGAAAGGAUUAACAUAAUUGAAAGUUGCUUGCUUCUGUAAUUAGUGACCAUGUUAACUGGGUUAAUGUGCUAAGUUCUCUGUGAGCCUUGCAUUUCUCUCUUGGACUUGCACACUGUUAAAGGAAAAAUAAUGUUAUUUAUUCA